GAUAUGAUUUCUUUGACACCUGAGCUUUCACUAAACAUAUCUUUCAAUAAGUGCUCUGCUAUAUUCGUAAUUACUUCUUAUAGGAAUUAUAUUAUGUGCUUUGAUAAGAAAUAUAUAUCAAAAUAUCAGAUUUAACAGAAGCAAAAUAAUACAAAACAAUUCAAUAUAUGGCGCCAUUAUAUAUUAAAAAUCAAAUCCAAAUCAAAUACAAACUUUAAGCUACAACACAACGACAUUUAAGUGACAUUUGUUUGCAAUAUGGAAGAACGACUGGAAAUUAUUACUAAUUUGAAGCAGAUAUUCGAAUAUUUCCUUGAUGAGAAUUUCAUCACAAAGCAUAAUGUUUGUUUUGAUAAGCUACUAACACACUUGGCUGCAAAAGAUAACGCUUACAUACUACAAGCACCUUUUGCCUUGGAUUGGGUUGACCGCUGCAUCAACAUACUUUGCGAGGACAUCACCAAAUUGAAUUCCAAAGUCAUUUCAUUUGCUUUCAACGUUUUUGGCUUACUUAUAAACAAUGAGUGGACCAUAAUCGAAAUAAGACAACGUCGUUUAGUCGACAAGGUAUUGAUGGUCGUUAAACGUGAAUCGCAUCGUUUCAAUCCGUCCAUUAAAUUAGGUGUUAUACGACUUUUACAUGCUGUCUCUAAAUACAGCAUUGGUUUAGCUUAUUUGCGUACUAUGAAUGUAUGGCAAUUUCUCAUAGAAUAUUGCAAUCAAGAUCACACACUGUACGUGGUACGUGAAGCGCGCCUUUUACUAUAUGAGAUGAUCUAUAAAUACGAUGUGAAAACAAAAGAUGAAAAAGUCGUAAAAGAAAUACUUAAUGAAGUUUUUCAACCUGUUAUGGCGAAUGUUUUUGAAAGUCAUAAUGAGAACAUUAUUAUCAAUGUGGAUGAUUACGAGCUGCAACAUAAGCUGUCUUCAACAUUAGACUUAAUCUCAUUUAUUCUUCAACAAACGCUCGAAUCGGAAGAAAAGACUAGUAUUGCGGAAUACUGCAGAACGGAGUAUAAUGUUGAAAUUACAGUUUGGAAACUAACUGAAAUUUCAUACAAUGAAAAUUUUAUUCGCAAAAUUUUAGCAACUUUAUCAUCAUACAGCUUUGCUAUAUUAGUGCAUGAUAAGUGGAGUGGAGAUCAGAUACCAGCGGACAAUUUCAAUGAACUUUGUGUUUCGAUAUUCAAUCAAAUGAAGUUUUGUGUCUCGCGAAAUUACUGUGUAACCUUUCUUAAGGUUGCUGAAAUCAAUCAUAAAUUAUGGAAAAAACUACGUAAUCGUGUUCCUAGAGAGGUUUUGAUUGAAAAUGAAUUGGUACGCUUUGAACACCAGUUGAUGACUUUUCAACUGCUACCUCUGCACAUGCUUUUAAGGUCCCAUGAAUUUCUAGAAGAAGAAAUAUUUGAAAAAUAUAUGACAAAGAUAUUCGAAAUAGUAUGUGAACUAACACUACGCGUCAGCUAUGCUUACAGAGACUUACUAUUUAAUAAACCAUCAACAACGAACGCAGAUUUAACAUUAAAAGCAAUUCAUGGUGCCAUGUCAAUGGUGGAUAUAUUGGAGCGUGAUCAGGCUGUGCUUGUUUUCCAAGCUUGCAUUUAUGCACUGAAAGAGUUUAUAAUAACAUUAUACCCUAAAAAUAUCAUUGACUGUCCAGAUGAUUCCGCUUGUACUCUAAAAGAAAUACCAAGCUUUUCAGUUAUUUCUGAAUUUUCUAGUGUCGUACAUGCUAUUUUGGUUGCAAUGCAAACGCUGAUCGAAAAAUUCAAAAUUACGUGGAAGGACUCAAUCGAGACAAUUUGCUUAGUGAAUUGCGUGUUGUAUCUGCUACAAGCAGACGAUGUACCAACAAAGGUGUCUGUUCAAUCUUUUAAAUUGCUAAAACUUUCAAUAGAACACUUCCUUUCACCGAACAUGGCGCUGCUUGUAGAUAACCUAAAAGGUUCCGCAUUGUUAGUGAUGGCCCCAGUUAUUAUGAAACGUUCUCAUGACACUGCUUGGGAAGUGCGUGACAGCGUUUUAGAGCUUGUUAUCUCAAUUACUAAUAUAUCACGUUUUAAGUAUCCCGCAUUUCAGAAAUUCUUAACCGAGCACUGGAUGUGUCGUAUCGUGUAUGAUAUGGCCAAACACGAUUCGGAGCCUUAUGUCCGUGCUUCUGCACUAAAAUGCAUUUCAGAACUUGUAGCAAUUGAUGCUAUAUGGGAAACGGAUUUAUGCAAACAAAAUUUACCCGAUCAUCUAUUUGAUGUGCUACAUAAUGAACCAGAAGGGAUCGUGCGCAAAGAGGCAUUAUCUACGUUUACUAAAUUAAACAGUCUGCGUAGAAUAACCAAUCGCUAUAGAGACAAUUUUUACUCUACACUAGUCUAUUGCGUCGUUAACGAUUUACAUUGGGAGGUAAAAGUUGAAGCACUUAAAGCCUGGAGAAGUGAGAUGUGCAAUCUGCUGUCUAAUGAGGGCAUGAUUGAUGGUAUAUUUCCGCCAGUAACAUUCUCCAAAGAGAAGCGUAAGAUUGUUCAAUUAAAUGAAAAGGAAAUAAAUUUACGAUUUUCCAAAAUACUGAAUGAACUGUCGCAACGCGGUUGCCUCGGCACAAUACUAAAGUGUCUAAAUGACGAGUGUGAUGUGGUUGUAAUUCGAGAAGCUAAAAGUCUUGUAAAAAACUUGGUUGAUAAACUUGAUGAAUAUAACUAUACCUAUGCAUCAGAUACUACAAUUCCUACAGUAAAUCUUAAUAACCAAACAUCCGACAAUAAUAUCGAUAUAGCCACCACAACACUGCUGUCUUUGAAUAACAGUCCAUCAAAUAAGAACGAUUCAACACAAAAUAGUCCACUUUCUGCAACAAUAAAGUUGGAAACUAAUUCUUUGGAAAUAGUAAGUGGUGAUGCAGAAAUCGUCGAAUUCCUGGAUUCCGAAGAAAUUAUCGAAUCUAUACUUGAUACAAAAGACAUAACUUUAUUGGCGGCAGCAUAUGAGCAAAAUAUGCAUAUAAACGGGGAAAAUAAGCAAUCAGCAUCAAGCCAUCAUCAAGCAAAUUACGAGAGAAAACAUAAAAACAAAUUCUACUACCGACAAUUUAGUAACGUGAGUGCAAAGGAGUUUCUUGCUAUAGUUAGGCGCACAGAUUUCGAGGAAGAAAUUUGUAAACAAGACGAGUGGUUUUUGUGUAAUGAAAAUUUGGCAUCGCUUUUGGAAGACAUUUUGAGUCUAUUCGAGCCGGAAUCAAAUAUUGAAAGGAUUUCAGCUGAUUGCUACUGAUCUAGCAAACAACCUUUGCCAUUUAUGGUUUUACUUAAUCAUAUGCACCUAUGUAAAUGGAGAUUUAAUUCAAAUUUUUUUGUAAUAUGUUUACUAAGUACACUUUAAACUAAGCCUUUUUGGCAUAUACAAAUAAAAAUUAAGAAUAACUUCGGUUGAACCGAAACUAUAAUACCCUUCGAAUAUUGUACCGUUGCAAUGAUUCGAGCCAAAUUUCGUGAAGAUAUCUCGACAAUAAAAUAAGUUUUCCGUACAAG